UCACGUGACAAUCUUUUAAUUAAAGAUGAAUCUUUAAUUCCUGGAGACGCCCUAUUGCUGGCCUAACCAUGUGAUUUGACUUCCUGUCAGCUGUCCCGUUAUCUUGGAGAGGAAAUGGCUGCUUGCUUGCUGCUACUUGUGCUUAUGCUGGCUUCUGCAGAAGGUGUGACGUUUCGCUUUGCAUCCUAUUAUGGUGACCACAUGGUAUUACAGAAGAAACCAGCUGGUGCAGUGGUAUGGGGCUACGGGGAAGCUGGCGCCAAUGUUACCGUCUCUCUUUCCAAAGACUGCAAAGUAAUAAUGAAGAAAAUGGCACAAGUUGAAGAGUACUCUGGGACCUGGAAAGUUGUACUGGCUCCUAUGGAGCAUGGUGGCCCUUAUAGUGUGAUAGCAGAGCAGCACUCCAGGGAAGAACCAAAGAAUCUGACGCUGUGGGAUAUCUACUUUGGAGACGUCUGGCUUUGCAGUGGGCAAAGUAACAUGGAGAUGACAGUUUCCCAGAUAAUCAAUGCCAGUAAGGAGCUCUCUGAGGCACAUCUCUAUCCAUAUGUCCGUGUGUUCACGGCCUCUCUUAUUCAGUCUGAAGUGGAACUGCAGGACCUGGCUAAGAUUGACUUGGAGUGGUCUAUACCGACAGCUGAAAACUUGGGUCACGGGAACUUCAGCUACUUCUCAGCUGUGUGUUGGCUGUUUGGCCGUCACUUGUAUGAGACGCUCCGGUAUCCCAUAGGAUUAGUGGAGUCCUCCUGGGGAGGGACCUCCAUUGAAGCCUGGUCCUCAGGAAGGGUGCUGCAGGAGUGCGGGCUCACAGGCGACGCCGGACGGUUUCUUCUUCCCCCGCUGCUUUCUGGCCCUAAGGUUCCCUCUGUUCUCUGGAAUGCGAUGAUCCACCCGCUCCUCAACAUGUCCCUCACGGGCGUUAUCUGGUACCAGGGUGAAGCCAACGCCUUCCUGAACACAGAUCUGUACAACUGCACGUUCCCAGCUCUCAUCGCGGACUGGCGCAGCGCCUUCCAUGCCGGGUCUGACGGGCAAACGCAGCCGCUCUUCCCCUUUGGGUUUGUCCAGUUAUCCACGUUCCGCCGGCAGGCCCAGGAUGACUGUUUCCCCCGCAUUCGGUGGCACCAGACAGCUGACUGCGGCUACGCACCCAACAAGAGAAUGCCCAACACCUUCAUGGCCGUGGCGGUGGAUCUGUGCGACGAGCACUCGCCCUACGGCAGCAUUCACCCCCGGGAUAAACAGAACGUGGCGUAUCGGCUGCACCUGGGAGCCCGAGCUGUGGCAUAUGGAGAGAGAGGCCUGGUCUUCCAAGGCCCAUAUCCUACAAAAGUGGUGGUGGAUGGAGCCAGGGGCCUCAUUAACGUCACGUAUGGCCAGGAACUCCUGCUGCUUCUAAAGCACGACCACAUCUUUGAGGUGUGCUGCUCUCACCGGCCCCAGCUCUCGGCGCCGGAGCCGUGCCAGUGGGUUCCAGCACCCAUGGUGUCUGCAUCUUCCCACACAGUGACGCUGUCCAGCCCUGGCUGCAGGGACACUGGCACCCGCCUGCGCUACGCGUGGGCGGAGUGGCCGUGUGAGUACAGACAGUGCCCCCUCUACAACAAGCACCUGCUGCCAGCACCUCCGUUUGUUAUCGACGCUGCAUUAAAAACAGGCUGGGCCAACUGCUAGGAGGCUGGGCCAGCUCCAGGCACCAGCUGAGCAAGCAGGUGCUUGGGGCGGCCAAUGGGAAGAGGCGGCACGUCGGGCUCUUUGCUGGCAGGUCCCUUGGUCCCUCUUGGAGGGAAGGGCCAGCCACCAA